AGAAGAAAGCACAAAGAAGACACACUGAAAUGAGCCGCAACAUGUGUUGAUAGCCCAAGAGUCCGACAUGUAUGUGCACAGACAGAACGCAAACAUACACACACACACACACACACAUGUGUAACAUACAAACACACCGACUGCUGAGCCAUUUUCAUUUUGAAUAUCUCGCAGCACGGGCAAUUCCUCGACAAAAUUUUUAAUUCGACGAAUCGGCCGUCAGCAGAAAUGAUGUGCAAUUUGUGAUGGUCAGUUUGGCUGAUGCCCAUUUCAAUGUGUAAUACAUUUUUUGCUCGUACGUAGUAUGUACGCGCCGCGCCAAUGUGUACGAUUUUAAUUCGUGUGUGGUAAUUUUCAAUAAAUAUAGUGCGGUGCUAAGGAAUCUCUUAGAAAUUCUUGGUUUUUUUUUUCUUCUUCGUUGGACAAUUUUUCAUUGAACAUUCAACAAAAAAAUAUAUUCAAAGAUCAAUUGAUAUUUCUUCGGUGAAAAAAGGUGCCAACAAUUCAGGUGCAAUCGAAAUUAAUAUAAAAAGUGAACGAAGAAAACCGUUGUGUAUUACAUAAAAUAAAUAUCAAAUAAAAGCAUCGAAAUACAGAAUGUCCGGUGACGUGCAGCCUAGGAAGCGUAACAAAGAUAAGAAAAGGCGUCGAGAUGAUGAAGACACGCGACCGACUGGUGUUCAUCCAACUAAAAUGGGUCCCGAUGACAUCCAAUUGCAUGUACACUCGGAACAUGGAACGGGAGGCCAUUGGUGUGCAAAAAUCUUCUUUUUCUCUCUGCUGGCAAUAUUGUUAGGUUUAAUUGGAUUGAUUUUACUGGAAAAUCGAGGCCUAUCUGAUUUGGAUACACCGCUGUCAGAAUCUCGUUUUGCGGAUAUGCUCGAGGGAUGGGUGGACGAAGAGCGAGAAGUACACGAUGAGCAUGAUGUUCACGCACCACCCGAUUCACACAAUGAGCACGAUGAGCAUGAAGACGGCGAAGAUAACAUAGCAAAUAGCCAAGAGAACGAGGAAGAUGAACAUGAUGAAGAUGAAGCCGAACUGACAAAAGAUGACGCGGACAAUGACGACGAGAAAGAUGAAGGCUUCGACGAGAGUGGUGAAACAGAGGACAGUGCCAAUGCAGAUAAUGAUGACGAUGAAAAUGAUGAACGCUUGUCAAAAAGUGCAAAACUAACAAUUGAUGCUGUGAUUGAUGAUGACAUACCGAUUAAUUCUCAUGCUACUAAUACAAAAUAUGCUCAAAAUAUUAAGAAACGGUCAAUCGAUACGAGUACCAUAGAAGAUAUAGCUCAGGUUACAGUAUCGCAACUUAAAAAACAAGUUGACGAUUUAGUUGAUAAUUAUAACAAAUUAGCUAAAACAUUGAAUCGCUCCCAACUCCAUGACACUAAUACAAGGGACGUAAAAAGAAUCGCACGGAAAAUGGAUGAAAAUAACGACGAAGAUGAUAAUCCAGCAGAUUUGGAUGAUGAUGAUGAUGAUGAAAAUGAAGAUAAAGAAGUCGAUGAUAAUGAUGACGAUGAAGACGAAGGUAUUGCUGAUGACGACAAGGAACAAGCCGAUGACGAUGAUGACAAUAAUGACGACUCACCAACCCUAGACGAUGAUAACGACGACGACUCACCAGCCCAAGACGAUGAUAACGACGACGACUCACCAGCUCUAGUCGAUGAUGGCCAUGAAAUCGACAACGAUAAUGAUUCAGACUCACCAGCCCUAGACGAUGAUGGCAAUGAAAUCGAACCAGAACCUCAAGAAGAGGACGAAGGGAGCUCACAUGUGGAUGAUGAGCCGAAAGCGACAAGUGACAGCGAAACGAUUGACGAGCAAAGUGCUGAGUUCCUUGAAAUGAAGCGUCGCUUUACCUUAGUCACCGCCGAAGAGCCAAUCCCAUCGAGCGAUGAAGAGACAAAGGAGACCAUUAUCGAAACCAUACCAACAAUCGCUGAAAGUGUCAAGACUGUUGAAUCAUCCCAAUCAGAGACAAUUGUAUCGAAACAAAAUGAAACGGCCGACAUCUUAUAUUCGGACGAAGAUGUAAUUGGUGCCAGUGAUGGAAUAGAGUUGAAAAGCGAUUAUGAGCGAACGGCCAGCACCGAUGGAAUGGAUGAAGAGUUGCUAAGUGAGGAGGAGGCGGAGGAGGAAGAAGAGGAGAUUUCGUCGGAAGGCCAAAAUUAUGCAGACAGUGAAGAUUCGGUCGACGAUUCCGAUUUGUUGAAAAGACUUGAUGAAAAAUAUGGCCGAUUGCCAGUGGCAAACGACGAAGACGAUCACGAUGACUAUGACAUCGAGGACAUCGAUCCCACUUGGACAAAAAUCGAUCGUUCCGGUCCAGCCGCAAUUCCAACCGAAGAUCAACUGCUAGACGACGAAAUUAGACGAGCCAACGAACAACUUGCGGAGGAUCCUCAGUCCGCUCUAACACAAUUCGAACGAAUCCGUCAAAGUCAUCCGACAUCGGUGGCUGCUCAGUAUGGUCUUGCCAAAGCGUUAGACGAUCUGGCCGAUUUGAAGCGUAGCAACGGUUUGCUAAAACGUGCCAUUGAUGAAUAUGGGAAAUACAUCGAUUUCGGUGUCAAAUUAAAUGACACCGAGUUUAAGAGCGCUGCCGAACGUUGCAUCGAUCGCAUGCGUUUCAUAGGCGAACACAUCAGAGCGGUGCCGAUCCAUGAAAAGCUAAUCGAACGAUUCGAUGACGAUCCAUACUAUCGUAACCAAUUGGCCGUCACGUAUUUGCUUGUCAACAGGCUGGCCGAUGCAAAGUAUGUGUUACACAUGACACUACAACGAUGGCGUGACGAUGGUUUUGCUGCCGUUCACUAUGGUUUUGUGUUGAAAAAUCUGGACAAUAAUCUGGAGCAUGCGGUGAUUUUCUUGCGACAAGGCAUCGAUUCGGGCGAAAAUGGAACCAGUGACGGACGAUUUUAUUUUCAUCUCGGCGAUGCACUCAUUCGACUCGGUCGACACGACAGAGCCAAAGAAGUGUUCAAAGAAGCGGCCAAAAAGAAGCUCUUCCCAUCGGAAUAUCAACGAUCUCUAUACAAUGUGAACCAUCUGAAAGCAAAACCGUUUUGGACGCUCGCCGAAACGGGAUACAAACAUGAAUUCCGAACGCUUGAACAAAAUUGGGAAAAAAUCCGAGACGAAGGCUUAAGUCUGCUCAGUAAAGAUGGUUUCUUUACGGAUGAAGCCGAAAAUUUACGCGAUACCGGCAUUUGGAAACAGUUUGAAAUGUUUGCGCGUGGUAAACGUAAUGCGGAAAAUUGCAAGCGAACACCGUUCACGUGUAAGGUCAUUGAAACAUUUCCGGCAGCUAGAUUCUGUAAGCGAGGUCAAGUUAAGUUCAGUGUGAUGCAUCCAAAUACUCAUGUAUGGCCACAUUGUGGCCCGACCAAUUGUCGACUAAGAGCGCACUUGGGCCUUAAAACUACUGACAAAACGUCAAUUCGUGUUGCGACCGAAACAAGAACUUGGAACGAGGGCAAAUUUAUGGUGUUCGACGAUUCGUUUGAGCAUGAAGUAUGGCAUAACGGCACAACAUAUCGAUUAAUUCUAAUUGUUGAUGUUUGGCAUCCCGAUUUGACGGCAGAAGAAAAGCAAACAUUGGUUCCUAUUUAAUGACGCACAUUUUAACAUGUCGCUGAAUUAUAUCUGGUUUUUGUCCGUUUUCUCUUCCGAAGAGUUCAGGGACGUUUAGAUCGCAAUACAUAUGACAAUGCCCCAAUUUAAUGGAGUCAAUAUUCGUUUUUUUCUCUUCAAUUUUUUUUUUGAUUUUUAAGUACAUAUCAAACAGAUGGAUGAAUUCAUGCUUUUUAAUUGACUACUUAAAUAUUGUGUAAGGAUAGAAUCUGAUACUAAGAUGAAAUAAUAUAAUCUGAUCUGAUUUUGAUACUAAGAAAAAUUCGGAUAGACCAACAGUUGAAUCAUUAACGCACAGAGUUUACCAAAGUGAAUUUAAUUUUUAAGGAAAACCCGUUCUGUGGAUGCGAAUUCAAAUAAAAUGUCAAGUAAUUGAUGAAUCAAUCAUAUGAA